AUGCCAACUCAACCCGGGAACCACUGCCGAGAAGAUUCUCUCCCUUCACUUGAUCCUCUACAAACCUUUACUGGUUCUGUUGUUGGCUCCAUCUCUCGUCGCAAUCGUCGCUCUUUUGCUGCUCUAGCUCAAAAGACAUCCAACGCCCUUGCCAGUUUCUCUACUACUACGACCCUCCGCUCCUCAAACUCCUACGGUAGUUUGUCGAGAAAGCAUUCCACCCCUUUGACCCCGCCAAUCGACGAGACCUUCCUGCAAUUGACGGAAACCUCGCGCCCUUGCUCCCCGGCCUUGGUCGAUACCCUCCCCGCCAACCCGCAGAAGCGUCGCCUGACUCUUCAGCGCCUUCCCACACCUCCCCACGACAGUCGGUCGGAAGACCCUCCCAAGAUGCAUCAAACAUCGUCAAGGUUAUUGCGCAUGACCGAGGAUGAGCGCCCUUUCACCAAGGAUUUCAUGGACUUGUUCUCGACCUUGAUGGUCAGCUUGAAAUUAGACACCCACCGUGUUCGUUUUACUCGAUAUGAUCACACUUUCACCUCCGAAGAGGCGAUCAACAACUUGGGUUCGCUCAAGUUCUCCCAGUCCAACCGCAUGCCUGACCCCAAGGACCCCUCCCGCAUCGUCACCACUACCACCACCACAACUUUCUCCAUGGCCAAGGAAAUGGCUCGAUCCGUGUGCCAGCGUUUCGUCGAUGCUCGGUUUAUUGAAUCCGUCGACGGCAAGGCGCUCCCGAUCUUCCCGCUCAAGGGCGCGCUCUUCCAGCUCACCCCGAAGGGAAUCAACAUUCUCCAGCGAUUCUGCCAGCGGAACGGUAUUACCGCCCGUCACGUGAUGGACGUGUUGGAGUCGCCGCGCAACACCAUGCAGCUGGUGAACCUGGAGCGAGACACCGAUACCGACAAGCUGUCUCACGAUCGGGCCACCAUCGAAGUCAUUUUCCGCCGCUUUGCGGGCCAGGACGGCCCUAACGUGAAGAGCAGCAUCUCAACCUCCGACUCCGACUCUCUCAGUGACUACACCAACGGUCUGGUCGGUGUGAAGGUGGCUCGGGAGCGCAAGCUUCAGGAUGGCAAGAUUUACAGCAACACUUUCACCGGAAAGGCAUCAGUGGACUGGCUGAUGGAUUGUUCGACGACGAUUGAGCGCCGCGAGACCUGUUUGAUUGCCGAGCUUUUCCUCAAGUAUGGCCUGAUCACCAUGAUCCAGGACGAUAAAUCCUUCCCCGACGUUGGACCCACCGCACACUUCCAGCCCUCCAAGUGGGCCAUCUACGGUAUCACCGAACGUGGCCAGCGCGUAUGUGGAUGGAUUGCUCGCGAGAAGGCCCGCGAAAACCCCAUUCAAUACGACAGCCGUGGUAUGCCGAGGGACUCCAACAACGCCCGUCUGACCCACAUCCUUCAAGACCCCGCCCUCCGUCUGCUAUUCCGCGAGUUCCUCCGCUACUCGCUUUGCGAAGAAAACCUUUCCUUCUACCUCGAUGUUUCCGAGUUCACUGCCAAUUACCACAAGGCUGAGAAGAUGGGCACAUUCAACAAGGUUGACUCCGUGCGGGAAACCCUGGCCGCGGCUUACGGACUGUACAAUGCUUUCUUGGCCCCCGGCUCCCCCUGUGAAUUGAACAUCGAUCACGCUCUCCGCAACAGCCUGGCCAGCCGCAUGACCAAGGCCGUGGGAGACGACGACUCCAUGUUCAAGAGCUUGCAGGAAGUCGUCCACCUGUUUGAGCUUGCUCAAACCUCCGUCUUCAAGUUGAUGUCCAGUGAUUCCGUCCCCAAGUUCCUGCGUGACCCCAAGUACACCGUGGUGCUGCAAGAGCAUGACGUGGACAUCAUGGGAGGCUCGCGCUCAUACUCGCCCACUCCCGGCCCGCCCUCCAUCCCAGAGCGCAGCAUGAGCCGUUCUGCUCGUGCGUGA